AUGAGACAAAAGCGAAAGGAAAAACGCAAGAGAAAAAAAUUAGAGCGACAGUGUCAACUGGAAUCAAACUCAGAUGGAAAUGACAGAAAACGUAUCCGAAGACACGUGGCUCACAGCACCCUCCGUCUUAUCAUUGACUGUAGUUUUGAUGACUUUAUGGUAUUAAAGGACAUUAAGAAACUUCACAAGCAGAUACAACGAUGUUAUGCAGAAAACCGACGCGCACUGCAUCCUGUGCAGGGACUCACAUAUAAACAAGCAUCGGAUUAUGGAAUUGAACAUGCACAGCUCCCUCUUGGAAAUUUUGUGAAGAUGAAUAGUCGAAAAGUUUUGGCAGUUAAUCAUGAUGGAGAGGAAGUAAUUGGAGAAGGCAUUCUUUGGCUGGAGAACAAUGUGAGCAAAUAUGUGGCAGUAAAAAGGCAUUUGUUUUGUUGGAAGAAAGAUAAAGUUGGAAAGGAUAUCCACAUCCAACCAGAGCACUAUAGUGAACUCGUGAAAAAAGAAGACCUGGUUUAUCUUACAUCAGAUUCACCUAAUGUGCUGAAGGAGUUAGACGAAUCAAAGGCCUAUGUGAUUGGAGGGUUAGUAGAUCACAACCAUCACAAGAGUUCAGGGCAGGUGGACACUGUAACUGCCUAA